AUGAUGAAACACACUCUCUUGGCCUUGUCGCUCUUGACGGGCGCCUUGGCAACAGUCAUUCCGCAUCGUCCUGAUCUACAUCACGACCUGAAGCCCAGGGCUUCUUGUGAAAACACAGCGACAUCUCGCGACUGCUGGGGUGACUACAGCAUUGACACUGACUACUACACCACGACCCCAGACACUGGUGUCACCAGGGAGUACUGGCUGAAUGUCGAAGAAGGCCCCUGUUCUCCUGAUGGAGUUGAAGUGAGCGCCUGUAUGUCCUUCAACGGCACGAUUCCGGGUCCCACGCUCUCGGCCGACUGGGGUGACACACUCAAAAUUCAUGUGUACAACAACUUGACGACGAAUGGCACCUCGAUCCACUGGCACGGCCUCCGCCAACUCUACUCGUCUCAGAUGGAUGGUGUUCCCGGCGUGACCCAGUGCCCCAUUGCCCCAGGCGAGGAGAUGACCUAUGAGUUCCGCGUCACGCAGUACGGAAGCACCUGGUAUCACAGCCACUUCAGCCUUCAGUACGGUGAAGGUCUCUUCGGACCCUUGAUCCUCAACGGGCCCGCAACUGCUGAUUACGAUGAGGAUUUGGGCCUUCUCUUCCUCCAGGACUGGAGCCACACUCCGGCCUUUGAGCUCUGGGACACUGCUAAGCAGGGAGGCCAGCCCCAACUGGAGAAUGGUCUGAUCAACGGCACAAACACCUACAACAACAGCGGCACCGUCACCGGCCAGAAAUGGGAGACAACCUUUGAGGCCGGGAAGAAGUAUCUCUUCCGUAUCGUCAACGUUGCUCUGGAGGGCCACUUUGACUUUAGCAUCGAUGGACACAAUCUGACCGUCAUCGGCAACGACUUGGUCCCCAUCGUUCCAUACACCACCGACAGCCUGCUCAUCUCCAUUGGCCAGCGAUACGAUGUCAUUGUCGAGGCCAACGCCGAGGCAGGCGACUACUGGCUCCGCGCAGGCUGGCAGACUGCCUGCGCGACCAACGGCAACGCAGCCGGCAUCACGGGCAUCAUUCGCUACGACAGCUCCAGCACCGCCGACCCGACCACGACAGGUAACACGGUCAGCACCUUCUGCGGCGAUGAGCCCAUCGAGAGCCUGGUCCCUUACCUCAAGAAGGACGUCGGCAACAUCGUGAGCACCUCGGAGGAGGACCUCUACUUCUCCUUUGGAAGCUACUUCACCUGGACCCUCAACGGCUCGUCCUUCUACAUCGACUAUACCGACCCGACUCUGGACUACGUCUUCGACAACAGCACCAGCUUCCCGACCGACUACAAUGCUGUGAACGUCGGCGCGUCUUCGCCUAACGCCUCGGAGUGGACUGUUCUCAUCAUCACCGACGAGACCGGCUUCGGCAUCUACCACCCAAUCCACCUCCACGGCCACGACUUCUGGAUCGUCGGCUCCGAGGCUGCCACCUUCGACAUUGACACCUUCAAGCCCAACACGACCAACCCGGCCCGCAGGGACACCACAGUCCUGCCCGCCAACGGCUACCUCGCGCUGGCCUUCCAGCUCGAUAACCCAGGCGCCUGGGUCUCCCACUGCCACAUCGCCUGGCACGCCUCCGAGGGCUUCUCCAUCGAGUUCGUCGAGUCCGAGGACCAGAUCUCGACGACGCUGGGGUCCUCGGCCAGUACCCUCGUCAAGGACACUUGCGCGAGCUACAACACUUACAACGCCACCGCUGUGUUCCACCAGGAUGACUCUGGUAUCUGA